AUGCUGAGCGCCAGGGAGCGCGCGGCCAAGAGACACGCGAACGUCGUCUCCGUUCUCUCCUUCAUUUCAACCACGGUGUGGAAGCAUCUUUUCGGACACACUGCGGUGCUGCUCAAGGGCAAAGACGACCCAAGGGAGUACAUGAUAAGCGACAAGGAGCUACAAAUAACUAAAUAUAUCAGCACCCCAAAGGUACUUAUAAUGCUUUUAUCUUUCGAUAUUUCGCAGGACCUGCAGCACACUAGCUGCGCCGCGUUUGUGGCCGGCAUGGUUGAGGGCAUGUUGCGCUGCAGCGAGUUUCCUGCUGUCGUAUCGGCUCACAACAUUUUGGAGGAUAACCAGGAGUACUCGGUCACCAUGCUGAUAAAGUUCGAGCCGUCAGUGCUCGACCGCGCCGGUCGCCUACAAUAUCACUAUUAUUUGUUUUUGUAUUGCACUAUCGCUAGUGUGAACAGUCGCAUUUAUCUCGUGUCUGCUGUGCGAGUCGUACGCAUCCGGUUUUGUUUACACUUUUGCACGAUGGACGCCGGUGGUAAAAUUGGCGGCAAAAUCGGUGGAAAGAUCGGCGGUAAGGUCGGCGGUCUUGGUAAGGGUGGCAAGGGCAAGGCAGGUGCCGGCAAGGGCAAGAAAACUCCCAUGAGCCGUGCCGCUCGUGCUGGUCUGCAAUUCCCCGUCGGUAGGGUUCACCGUAUGCUGAAGUCGCGUAUCUCCGCUGACGGUCGUGUCGGUUCCACCGCUGCGGUCUACACCUCCGCCAUUCUGGAGUACCUGACCGCCGAAGUGCUUGAGUUGGCCGGAAACGCUUCCAAGGAUUUGAAGGUGAAGCGUAUCACUCCUCGCCACUUGCAGCUGGCCAUCAGGGGAGACGAAGAGCUUGACACCCUCAUCAAGGCUACCAUCGCUGGCGGUGGUGUCAUUCCUCACAUCCACAAGGCGCUCAUGAACAAGACUCCUCCGCAGGUGCUGGUGAAGCCUCCCCAGCCCCAGCCGCCGAGGCGCGUUUAA